UUACAAUUUAUGGAUUAGAAUUUAAAGAAAUUAAACAGCUGACAUAUCCUCACUAACCACUUCAUUAGGUACGCCAGAGUUGGGCCACUUUUUUCUUUCCGAACUGCGUGCAUAGAUCAUACAAAGGUGCUGGAAACAUUCCUCUGAGAUUUUAGUGUAUAAAAGUAUGUUAGCAUCACACAGUUGCAGCAGAUAUGAUGUUGCACAAACAUGAUGUGAAUCUCCGGUUCUACCACAUCCCAAAUAUGCUCUGUUGGCUUAAGAUCUGGAAAGUGUGCCAGAGAAACCAGUCUGCUCAGUUGGUACUAAAGGUCUCAAAGUGUGUCAAGUUUGGUAAAGAUGUUCAAACUGUAGCAUCCCUUUCCUGUCCUUAUCUUUCACAACCGGCACCAGGUGUGGUCAUCUGCAGCUCUAACCCAUCUGCUUCAAUCUUUAACUUGUUGAGCAUUUAGACAUGCUCUUCUCCAUGCCUUGGUUGUAAUCAGUGGUUAUUUGAAAUGCUUCAUUUUGGCUCAAAGCACCUCUGGCAUCAACUUCAUCAAUCAAGUUUCCACUCGGAAAACUGGUGGUCACUGGAUAUUUCUCUUUUUUUUUGACCAUUCUCUUUAUGGUUGUGUGAUCCAAGCAGUUUCAGACCAGCCAUCUGGAUACCUGCAAAGUCACUAAAACCUCAUUUUUCCCAGUUCUAAAGCCUGUUCAGUUGGCUAAUUAGAUGUGUGUAAAAAUAAAAUAAAAAAAUCAAACUGAAAACUAAACGUACAAAAACAUGGAAUGUGGAAAUGUAAAUAAAUACUCAGCAUUUCUGUUUGUAGACGUAAGUCAGGGAACUUCUCGCACUCCAGUCCACUAGAUGGCGAUAAUAAAACAAAGCCUAGAUUGCCUCAAAGGGGGAAGAAGAAGUUAUUCAAGAGUUAUUCAAACGCUUGUAUAAUCUGGUUGUUAGUUGGGGAAAAGUCGGGUUGAUUCCAGUGCAAGUUAGAGCUGUGUAGCCAUUUGUAGCUUCAGAUGUUUUCAAAAGUGAGAACAUGUUUGACUUCGGGUUUAGCCAGAUUGCCCAGUUGUGUAAAUUCAAGAGUAACAUCUGUGCUCUGCAAACAUCAGCAUCGCACCUUCAGUUCUGAGUCUGCUGGUGUCAGGGUUCUGUAUGAUGGGCUUUGUCCAAUAUGUGUGACUGAGAUCCGUUUGCUCCAGUUUCUGCAGAGAAACCGGCCUGAGAAAGUACAUUUCAUUGAUAUCUCUCUGCCAGGUUAUGAUGGAACAAAAUACAAGGCUAUCACCUAUGAGAUGGCCAUGAAGGAAAUGCACGUGAUUGAUAAGAAAGACAAGGUUCACAGCGGAGUCCCAGCGUUUGCAGUCAUGUAUAGCGCCGUAGGCCUCGGUUGGUUGGGUCGCUUUAUGAUGUGGUCACCUGUGAGACCAUUGAUGGACAAAUCCUAUGACAUCUUUGCCAGGAACCGCUUAAAGUGGACCGGACGUGGAGAGGAGUGCACCACAGGACGCUGUGAAAAGAAAAUACCCUGACGCUCCAGCACUGUUUUAUAAGUACUGUAAAUAUAUGAAGAACUGCAUAAAUAUCAUGCUGAUAAUCCUGUAAAAAAUGGUUAUGUUGGUUAUGUAGUUCACCUAAAGUAAUUUAAAAUAACAACAAUGAUGCAGAGAUAAAAUUACAACUGUAAAAUAGAGCUGAAGAUGAAUGUAUUCAAAGAAAUAUUUCUGGAUGUACAGGUUUCAUUAAAUGCAGUUUGAAAAUCUG